AUGAAUAACAUCUACCGGGAUUAGUCAUGCAGAAAGAAAGAUUUGCAUGUGCUGAAAGGGUGAACUGAUGGAUGGAGAUGUGGUUAAGGGAUGAUAUAUGAUAAAAAAAAAAGAUGCAACGUGGUAAAAAAAAAAAAAAAAAAGAGCUAGUAUCCCUUUAAAGUCCUCUGACGUCAUGCUGAUGCAGAUCUGCCCGGCUGGAUCCGAGCGCAGGAGAGGAGGAGGAGGAGGAGGAAGAAGGAUGCCGAAAAAAUGAAACUCCUCAGCACUAAUUUUUCAGCCCUCUGCGGGGGAAGAUGGAGCGCCGCCUCCUCCCCCCACCCCCCAACCCCACACACACCCCUGUAGCCGCACAGGAGCGGAUUAACACCUGUUUCCACCCCGGAGCGGAGGAUGCUGCCAGCGAACGACGGUAAACGCGACACAUUUUAAUAGAAAAAGCGACCAUAUUGAGGUCAGAAGAAAGCGUUGCCAGGGCGACCAGCUUGCUAGGGGAGGACACUGCAGGCGCGCGUCACACGCAGGGAACGAGCGUGCGUGCUUUUUUUUUUUCUUCUCUUUUUUUUGGCGAGCGCGCGCCGAGGCGGUCACGGCAUCCACGCAGCAGCAUCAGCGGCGGCGGCGGUAGAAGCUUCUUUCUCUCCAAAACUACCGGAGCUACCGCCGUUACCGAGACGAGCUACAGCGAGCCGGGGCUUGCACCGCGGCGUCCGGCCUCACUUUGAGGGGGAUUUAUUGUGGAUUUAUCGACGAGUUUAUCCCAGAAUUUAAAAAAAAAACAAAAAAAACGCUCUGAAACUGAGUAGCAACACAGGUGACACUUCCCUGUAAUCAAGUCCCCGCCGACGUUUCCGGGUUAUUUGGUCGUUUAAAGGUGUCGUUUUUAAAAAAAAACAGACAUUUUUUUUCUUUUUUGUGACAAGCCGGACUCUUAGAAAUUAAUUUAUCGCCGUGCUGGAGGAGACGGAUACCGAGCCGAGCUGUUUGUAAUGCAGUAUAGCAGCUUUAUUUCUGCUAUUCAGCCUCCUCUCUGUCGCUGUUCAGUCAUGUCAGUCUCACCUGCCCACCCGGUUGGAUUGAAUGAGGUAUAGUGCUGUGAAAGGGGCCAUUUUUUAAAAUAUAUUUUUUUAUUUUUAUUAUUAUUAUUUUUUUGCUUUGAGAAAUAAGCACUUUUUUUUUUGCUCGCUUGACUUUUAACCGGCGGAAGGUUUAGUGAAGAGGACGAGGAGGAGAAGGACGAAAGCUCAGGAAGAGAACACCGUUGGUCACCGGUGGAUCACAAAUUAACAGAAUUCACCAUCAAUCCAAUUAUCGGGAUAACAGAAGACGAAUAGGUAUGGAACGCAACAGAACCAUGGCUGGAGAAGUGUUUCGGAUCACCGUUGCUCAGAAUCAACACUGACCUGGCACCCACAACAAGGACCGACCCCUUUUCCAGCACCCCGAGGACCCUCCUUCCCCCAGCAACUGCUUUGCCCUCCAUCUCACCUUCACUCAGCAGCCCUGCAAAACCUUUGAAAAAAGCUAGUUUGGUCUUGAAGGGUCCACCUGCUUGUGUUGCUUUAAUCCCCCUCUUAUGCUUUACCUUCCAGAUUGUUGGUUAUAAUCCACAUUGUCUGAAAAAGACAAAAGUUCUCCCAAACAAAACAGAAGCAGGUGGUGGAACAAUAUGAAUCCAGACAUGUAUCCCCUUGCACUUGCUUUGAGUAAGCAAAGUCGACGGGGCUCGUUGUCCAGGACACGCCCUCUUAGUCUUUUGACGGACUGGUACCUCAUGAGUUUGCUAGGGCUCAUUGUGCUCUUCAGCCUGGCCUCGAGCCAGAAGAUGGAUCCUUCGAAACACCCCAUAGUCACCACUAACUAUGGCAAGCUCCGAGGCAUCAAGAAGGACUUGAACAAUGAGAUUCUAGGCCCCGUAGAGCAGUACCUUGGGGUUCCCUACGCCACGGCACCCAUCGGUGACCGCCGCUUUCAGCCACCCGAAGCCCCUGGAUCCUGGCAGGAGAUCCGCAACGCCACCCAGUUUGCUCCCGUGUGCCCUCAGAACGUGCACGGGGUGCUGCCAGAGAUAAUGCUGCCGGUGUGGUUCACAGACAACCUGGACGUGGCGGCGGGUUACAUCCAGAACCAGAGCGAGGACUGCCUCUACCUCAACGUCUACGUGCCCACAGAGGAUGGUCCGCUCACAAAAAAACAUGAUGAAUCUUCAAUGAACAAGCCUCGAGACGAAGAUAUUCGUGACCGCAGGAAGAAGCCCGUGAUGCUGUUUAUUCACGGGGGCUCCUACAUGGAAGGAACCGGAAAUAUGUUUGACGCCAGCGUCCUCGCCGCCUACGGCAACGUGAUCGUGGUGACCAUGAAUUACCGCCUCGGUGUGCUUGGCUUCCUCAGUACCGGAGAUCAGUCCGCUAAGGGAAACUACGGCCUGCUGGACCAGAUUCAGGCCCUGCGCUGGCUCAAUGAGAACAUCGGGCACUUUGGCGGCGACCCAGAGAGGAUCACUAUCUUUGGGUCUGGAGCUGGGGCCUCCUGCGUCAACCUCCUCAUCCUGUCACACCACUCGGAGGGUCUGUUCCACAGGGCCAUAGCCCAGAGUGGAACGGCUAUCUCCAGCUGGUCCGUCAACUACCAGCCUCUCAAGUACACCAAGAUCCUGGCCCGGAAGGUGGGUUGCACCUACACAGAGACGGCAGACCUUGUCGACUGCCUGAGGCGCAAGAAUUUCAGGGAGCUGGUGGACCAGGACAUCCAACCAGCCCGCUACCACAUUGCAUUUGGCCCCGUGGUGGACGGAGACGUGGUGCCCGACGACCCUGAGAUUCUCAUGCAGCAGGGGGAGUUCCUCAACUAUGACAUCCUAAUAGGAGUGAACCAAGGAGAAGGACUGAAGUUUGUAGACGACAGCGAGGACAAUGACGGUAUCUCAGCCGCAGCAUUUGACUACACCAUCUCUAACUUCGUUGACAACCUCUACGGAUACCCUGAGGGCAAAGACAUCCUGAGGGAGACCAUUAAGUUCAUGUACACAGACUGGGCAGACAGGGACAAUGGAGACAUGCGAAGGAAGACCCUGUUAGCUCUGUUCACGGACCACCAGUGGGUGGCUCCAGCGGUGGCCACAGCCAAACUCCACGCCGAGUUUCAGUCCCCGGUUUAUUUUUACACGUUCUACCACCACUGCCAGACCGAAACGCGACCCGAAUGGGCUGACGCUGCCCAUGGAGAUGAGAUACCUUACGUGUUUGGCGUACCCAUGAUCGGUGCCACAGACUUGUUUCCGUGCAACUUCUCCAAGAAUGAUGUGAUGCUGAGCGCCGUGGUCAUGACUUACUGGACCAACUUUGCCAAGACUGGGGACCCAAACCUGCCAGUUCCACAAGACACCAAGUUUAUUCACACCAAGCCCAACCGCUUUGAAGAGGUCAUCUGGACCAAGUUCAACUCAAAGGACAAACAGUACCUCCACAUCGGCUUAAAACCUCGUGUUAGAGACAACUACAGGGCCAACAAGGUGGCUUUCUGGUUGGAAUUAGUUCCCCAUCUUCAUAAUCUACAUGAGGUGCUCUUCCCCACCACUACUCGGUCGCCACCGGGCCCUGGUCCAGGUACCAUCAAACCCAGGCCCAAAACUCCAGGCCCUCGUACUACUCGCCACCCCUACCCGACCUUCCCCUCUGAUCCUGAACCUGAGGGUUCAGAGCGUCCACACCAGGACCUCUUCCCUCUGAACACCCGGGACUACUCCACUGAGCUGAGUGUGACAGUUGCCGUUGGAGCGUCGCUUCUCUUCCUCAACAUCUUGGCCUUUGCCGCCCUUUACUACAAGCGUGACAAGCGGCACGAGAUGCGACGCCACCGGCUGUCUCCCCAGCGUGGCGGCCCAGCCAAUGAUCUGGCUCACAGCCAGGAGGAGGAGAUCAUGUCCCUGCAGAUGAAACACUCAGAACACGACGCCCACCACGACAUGGAGCCCCUCCGGCCGCACGACAUUCUACGACCCGCCUGCCCACCUGACUACACACUGGCGCUGCGCCGUGCCCCCGACGACGUGCCACUGAUGACACCGAACACCAUCACCAUGAUCCCCAGUACCAUCACCAGCAUGCAGCCUCUCCAUGCCUUCAAUACAUUCCCUUCCACUGGCCACAACAACACCCUGCCGCACCCCCACUCCACCACCAGGGUAUAGUAGGGACUGGCCCGACUCAAGCCACCUAAGGACCAGGAAUACUGGCUCUGCUACUGAUCUAGAAGGGAGGCCUCUGGAUGUGGGCCUUUGUUCUGUUCUAUAAUUCUCUUGUUUCUCCAAAAGCAACUCAACCUCCUCCAUCAUGUGCUGUGAAACUCAGCAGCUCCCUCCACUGGUGGCGUGUGGAGAUGAAACUGAAGUGCACAGCAGCAGAUGGGCAGUUUGGAGGGUGACUUAGAUCUUUCAAAGAUACUCUUUUCAGAGAUGGUCUGCUGUUUCCAGACUAAAGGCCCCCAGCAUUAUCAACGGGACGAAUGCUUUUUGCCCCUUGCUGUUUUCUAUUUUUUACUUUGGUGUCAUCUCUUUUUUCUGUCCCUGGUGUGUUACGUGCACAUAUCUUUCUCUUUUCUACAUCCGUGUCUUAUUACUGCUUUAUUCCUCUCAUUUGACCUAUUAUUCUCUCCUUCCUCACAAUGCUCCUUUGCUCCAAGGGUUCAACUGAGUUGGAGGGGGCAUAGAGUACAUACAGUAAACAUAUAGCUAUGAAAACAAUGAUAUCUUUCAUUCUACCAGCAUUCUUGGUGCCAAGUAUGUACUACUGUGUUUGCGUUCUCAUCGAGGGAGAAAAAGAUUAAAGAAAAUUCUAGUAUUCAUAUUUACUGUCAACUAACAGAGGCUGUGUGUUCUCACGACAAAGUGCCAAACUGGCCCUCGAUUGUGUUUUUCUUUCUUUCAUCUUGUUUCUUUUUUUCAAGCAUUUGUUUAAUUGUUGUUUUUGUGGAAAGAAUUUUUGCUGAAAAUAUAGAUAUAGAGAAAUGAUAUUAUAUAUAGUUCUAUAUAAAUGUGUACAAAGGAGAAAGUAUAUAAAUGGGUUUUGUCAGUGGGGAUCUAUGCAUGAAUUAUUUUUUAAAGAUGAUGACGGGGGAAAGGACACCGUAUCUGUCAAUGCACGUUUCCCAAAUCUAAUCAAGUCAUAUCGGUCCACUUUUAAUAUUUUAGUCUUUUUUUUCUCUCACAGAAAUAAGAGCAUCUCAGAAAUUCCCGAAGUCACUGAACAAAUAACCUGCACUUCCCAACGCUCAUUUAUUAAAAGCGAGUCAUCACUCUCAGAAGAUGUUACAGUCAAAGCAACAACUGUGAACACACACUUGCAUUCAUUCUCUCCUUCAUGGUGUUAUUUACAGGUAUUUCUCCAACCACAUGAUGCAGCAGGCCAACAGAAAGUCGUGAUGAUCAGUUAGGGGUACAGGAGGUUCUAAAUCUGUUAUUGUAGCUUGCUUGUACAGAGUUAUUUUUGUAUGUUAGUGAGAAACGGCAGAGAGAGACAGCCUCUGUUCCUUUAUGUAUACCUUCCCUCUCCUGUCUGCCCCCCUAUUUCUAGCACUUUUUGUUGUUGUUGUUGUUGUGUGCUUGCAAGAGGGAGUGUGUGCUAGUUUCACAUGGGUGUAGGUGGGCCCUAAUUAGACAACAAAGAGAUAGUGAGGCAGACAGACGGGAUAACCUCAAUGGUAAAAAGUUAGACUCCUGUAUGAGCUCCUUCCUGCUGCUUACCCAGACACCCCUCUGUGUAUCAUCACUGCUCCCUCCUUCCUUUCUCAUCUCUCCAUCAGCACAUAACCUUUGUAUUCGAGGCUGACGCCCACAUUGCAGUGAUCACCCAUAACUCCACCGUCGUGAUCACAGAAAUCCGAAACACCUGACUUCACUGUGUCAGCAUCGCUCCACACUAUUUCUGACCUCAGUUCAGCUCUGCUAUUAUCCUCACAUUCAAGGGUUAGUUCACUAAGCUAGUGAUGUUUUUUGAGCUCAUCGGUUGUAAAUUAAACUCUAAGCACACUGAGGGUAACUGGUGGGCCUUCAACGGCCUGCGGCACGGAGCUGUAAGAUGAAAAGGGGGUUCGGAUCUCCUCAACAGGGUAAAAGCGACGCAGUUGAUAACUGCUGGUUCUGAUUCUGCUCCUUUCUUUCUGGUGAGAAUAUGCAGGCCUACAGCUCAGCAUUGCCCCCCUGUGAUUCUCUGAUAAAGAUGUCAAAUAUGGAUCAUGGGUCAUACUCUGAUUAAUACAGUAUGAACUGAUGCGCUGCUGUUUGAGCCUACAGGAACCUGUGGUAGCUUGCAACCAGUAUGGGAGAAGUUAGUCACCGGUGCUGUCUUUGCUUGUGCUCUAGCUUUAGCCUGUUUGAUUGUUUGUUUUCUAUUUUAUUACUGCCUAACGGGGUGGUGGGAGAGGACUGGAUGGGGAAAUAAAUACCUGGCUGCUCCUGUCAGAGAUUUUGUAAGCCCGCUGCAAGGGAAAUGUGCACAAUGUAAAUCACAAAACAACUGACUUGGGUGUGCUGUAGGUGGAAUAAAUGCUGUGGAAAAGUGACUUUGAGAGGAAAUUGGGGAAAGACUCACAGCCUUAAAUGUAGGAAUUAGAAUCAGAAGAAUCAAGAGAGGACGGGCUGAUCACGAGCAAAUAAGGACAUUCAAAGGUAUGGCCAUCUUUCUUCCCACAACGCUUGCCAGGAGAAUACCUUGCUAAUCUGUCUACGGGGGAACUGAUGUAUCCGUAUGAACCCUUUUGUACUCACUCGUGUGGAUAAGUAGGCAGUGAGGGGGCCGUGAAGAAAACCUCACCACAACACAGCUACAAUGAUGCCACUGGAGAUGAGAACAGAAACAAGGUAUUUAGUUUGGGCCUGUUCUUUUUCCUUGUCUAUUUUAUAAGCCAACACUGGAGGGCGCCAUUGUGACAGAUUCAAUGCAGUCAGCCCACUCUGAGGAAACUGGAUGUUUGAAGAAAAAUACCAAACUGAGCGGCAGGACGGAGACAGACACAACAUCUGGAUGAGGAUCAAAACUGUACAUUUUUAAGUGUAAGAAUCAAACAGACAAAAUAUUUGUAAAUAUUAAGUUUCUUGUUUGUUUGUUUGUUUUUUCUUUUGUUUUUUUGAGUGAAUGAAUGAUAUGCUUAUUUUGUGACAACAAAAGACAACAGGUGCAGUUUGCAAAGAAAUGGCCAUUAGCUCGACAUUUCAAAUGAAAUAAUGCUCUCCACCGAUAAGUUUUCAUGGCAGUGGAAAAAAAAAAGCUUUUUACACUGAACUUGUUUUCAUGCUGCCCAUUAUCACGUGGGCAUCCUGUAGCAUCAUGAAAAUCACUGUAGCAGCAUUCAUCCCCACUGAUGCCCCCACACAUCCGAGGGCCAAAGAUACUGUCGUUAACAUUUACUAGUUCCCAAGAAGUAUGACAUUUUAAUUUAUGAAAAAUACACUUUCUGUGAAUUCAUUUAUCUUUGUUAUAGGACUUUGUCGUAGAAUCUAUGACUCUACAUCUUGUUUUCCCUUUUUUCAAGCUUCAGCAGGCUUUUAUUUUGAAAUAUAUCUUGUGAUCCAAGUGUGCUCCUGAUGAAUCUGUGCUGCAUGAUAUGUAUGACUUCAGACUAUUUAUGUAAACACUUCAGAGGCUAAUAGCACUGAUAAAAGCCAGCUUUGCCUUUCAGUGAUUUAUGGUCAUGACAUAAACUAAGCUAAACGGAGACACUAAACACAAGUGCAGUCAAUUAAACGUCAGCUCACUUAACAUGUAGCAGUGUUUACAUGUAGCCACUUAAUUACAUGUGGGACAGACAUGAGGGCUUUGAUACCAUAAGAUGCCUCAUAUUCUCAUCGAGUAAUGAGAUCACACAGGUGGUCCAGCUUCGUCAUUCCACACACUGUGUUGUAUUGUGGUCAUGAAGGUUGGGUUUUCUCUCUCAGUGAUGUAGCAGAAAGUAGUGUCAUGUUCUAAACAGCAGAGGGAUGGCUGACAUGUUAGGUAGAUCGGACAGGUAUGUAGAACUCUGAGCAUUUGUGUGUAGUAGAGGAUUAGUUUGGAUGUAUGUGGACACACACAGAGCGUCUUCUAUGCUAAAUAGGGACUCACUGCAGCCUCAUGGUUCACACAGUUGUGGCUGGAUUUCAGCUUUUCUGGUGCACAACAGAAGCGAGUGCGAUAUCACUGGAAAAUUGUGACACCUCUUAAUAACUGCAUUGUUUCUAAAUUUACAAGUAGAGUAUUUCCUCUUAUGAUGAUUAAAAACAGAUAUAUAUGAGGACUAGAUUAAAAAUAUAGACCCCAAAGUAGAAACUCAAUUCAACAAAAGUGAAUACAUGCGGGAUGAUUGACAUACAAGUUAGAAAACCUGUUAUUAAUUAUCCCAAUUGCAAGAACAUGAUUUAUAAAGUGGCCUGUGAACAACAGAAUUUUCUCAGUUUUGUACCUCUUCUGUGUCUAUCUGCAUGGCUACACACAGAAAAGAGAAAUAUCCAAUUGUGAGACUUCUCAAAGAUGGAAAACAUCGGUGGCCAACCAUAAAUCUGCUGAAAUAUAGUUGCAGCAGCAAUUCAGAGGUAUAGAGUGUGCAACACAGCUGGGAUACAGCAUGGUUGGUGUGAACCUGCUCAAGGCUACCAUAGUGAAAGCAUAGUCCUGACAGUGAGGCACAGAGGUGGGAUUGUGAUGAUAUGGAGCUUCAUGAACACUAAAGUGAUGAAGAUGAUGACAUGCAUAGAUAACACAAUGAAUGCCAGUGAAUAUACCAAAAAAAUACAGACUUUUUAAAGUUUCUCAAGAAGAAAAAAGUAAAAUAAAUAACAUGAACAUGUAUGUCACUUGACUUAAAUCCCAUAGAACACCUAUGUGUAGAGCUACACAACCACCCCAGCAAAUAGCAGAUUUUUACAAAAUGUCUUUGAAGAAUUCCAGAAACGAAGGACUGGAUCUGUUGUCAAAAAAAACUAAACAUGCAAAGUAUUGAUUAAAAAAAGUAUGUGAUUCUUGAUGAAAGGUGUAUUGAUGUUGGUUAAAAUGAGUCUCUACUGUGAGGACAGUUUGUUUGAUACAGUAAAUAUAAACUGCUGGUUUUUAAUUUGCUAUUAGAGCAAAUACCUACUGUUCAGCUUAAAAGUAGUGCAACUGCUGUAAAGUGACACAAUUUAGAAUCAUUUCACAUUUAUGUGAUAUUGCACAGGGGUGUACUCACUUCUGUUGUAUACUGUAAUUUUCUAACAUGCUUGGAAACUGCAGUCCACCAAACAAUAUGGCUUCAUAUCACUAGUGUCAUGUAGAGCUCCUGUGUCAGGUCAGUGGUGUAUGCAAGCACAUGAUUAACACUCCACAACGGCAAACAUACAGACAGACGGUGACACGCAAACCUUCAGCUGGCUCUCCACUGCGAAUUUGCACCUGUUGUCUUGUUUUUACAUUCUUUGUUGAAUUCAGAAACCCAAGACUUGAGAUGAAGAAAAAUGUUAAAUAAUGGAAUUUUAAAAAAAGAUGAUUAUUAUAAAAAAAGUAAAGCAAAACUAUAUAAAUAAAUGAGGUGAUGAUAUUUCUGUUUACUUUAGAAGUUAUUAUACACUGUAUGCUGUGAUUCUGAUCUGGGAAACAUUAAAGACAUUCAUAGCCAGACUGCA